UGCCCAACUUUGUUAGCUGUCUAGGUUCAUUAGGUUGUGUCUUGUUCCAUCUACAUCAGACGGUUGUGGGCUUGUGGCUGUGCGGUGGUGACCGUGUGAUUUGAGAAGAAGAAGAAGAAGAAGAAGAAACGAUGAUGCGUACUCGAUUGUUAUGGUUCAGUGUAGGGUUCAUGGCCUCAGCUGCUGCGGUUUCCCAUUUCGUUUGGAAGGAUCUGUGGGUUGAUCGUCACGCUCUUGUCUCUGACAUGAACCACAAGUUUGAUUCUCUCCAAGCUCGAAUUUCCAACCUUGAAUCCACUCCACCAAAUCAUCACACUUCCCUUUCGGAUCAGGUUGAAGGCUAGAUAUCUUUUUCAGCUCUAGUUAAAUGCUUUCUGCAAGGUUUUAAGGUCUUGAUGCUUGCUUCAAAAUGUUUGUGGAAGAAUUGACCAUAAUAAAUCAGACUCCUGAGGCAAACCUUAAAUUUUUUUGUUCCCCUGGGAGAUUAGCUAAUAGUAAGGGAAAAAAUGAACAGAAACGAAGCAACGUUUACCAUGCGAUGUUAUUAAAUAUUAUGCUUUUUAGUUCUACAACUGAUUAUAUGCGAUAUUAAGAACUAACAAUUUCAUCUGUUGCCUCACGUAUAGUGGCUUUACCCUCUAGCAAUUGGAUAUUUGCUUCAACACGUGAACU